AUGCAACAAUAUGACAUGUACGCCUGGAAGACGACACGCAAGGCCAAUACGUGCAGCAGAUGCAAGGUGAUCAUGUAUCCAGGCCCGGAAGGCUCAGAUAUCAACCACAAGCGAUCGUUCUGCUCCGACGGUGUCCGACAGAAGCCGAAGAAGUUGGAAAUGCUAGUUGACGGCAAGAUUGUCAAGUCUGUCGAGGACGUGCCAGCCUGGCCGCAGCCCUCGGGCAUUUUCAGCACCGGUACACACUUCAACCCGCACGUCUUCCUGGCGACCAUCCGCACCAUGUACGAGGACCUCGUGGUGAAGCGCUCCACUGGCGGUGAGCACUCGAUGGAGUACGUGGCAUUCGCCGCGCUUCUCGAGAAGCGCACCGUCGUCGACGUCGACCCGGAAUCCGAGCCGGGCGGCCGUAUGGUGCUCUUCGAGCUGUUCAAGUCCCUGGUCGUUGCUCCCAGCAGUGCCGAUCUCAUUGUUGAGCGCGGGGGUAUCAAGUACAUGCGGUUGGAUUGCCUUCAUGAAAGUGUGUCGAAGGCCGACGCCGAUGGCGGGGACAGGUGCAACAGUUCCGACUCGGAACCCACCGCCCAGGCCUAA